UAUUAUUUGGGGGCUCCCAAUGCUAAGAAAUUGAGGAACUAUGAAACCGGAUAACAUGAACAACUUGUCAAAAGAGCGAUCUUCCCAAAACUCCAGCACUGAGAACAAUUCGCACAGCAGUGAUUCCGAAAUGGAAUUUGUUGGGACAAGCGCCCAGGGACUUCGGAAAACUAGAGAAAAACAUAAUCAAAAAAUCUCUGAUCUGGAGCGCAAGUUGGCAGAAGUUGAAAUCAAUUUUAAAGCCCAAAAGGAAAAGGUCAAUUUACUUGAAAACAGCAUAAAGGAUAAGGACAAUUUUAUUAAGACCUUACAAACGACGAUCGAUUUAGUUAACCAAACAAAAGAGUUCAGCAUACAGAAAAUGCAAACUCAAAUCGACGAUCUUCAAAGUGCUCUACAUUUGAGCCGGAGUAAUUGUUUUAUUGGGGAAACCUCUGGUUCAGAGGACUCAAAUGAACAACACAGAAAGAAAAUUGACGAGUUAAAUGCAGAAAUUGCUAAAUUGAAAAAGAAGAACAAUGCAGUUGACACGACUCAGAAAUAUGAAAGCAACCUAAGAGAGAAAGAAGAGCAAAUCGCCAGGCUGGAAUUUAAAAUUGACGAAUCGAAACUUAAAAUUAUGAAAUUGGAAAAUAAGGUUCUGGAGAAGGAUGAUAAGCUAAUGAAAAUGGAAAAACAAUUGGCCCAGUUUUCCUCGAAUACUGAGGACACAAGUGAAUCCCCACAUGUAUUUCUCAACUCGUCAAAAAUUCCUUCCAUGAAAUUAGUAACUCUUCCCGAUUUCGAACCCUUUGGAGCAGUUUUUGAGGAUAUUCCUUCAGCCGGCACAGGUUGGAUGGUCAUCCAACGCCGUAUCGAUGGAAGUUUCGAUUCAGAAAUAGGUAACAAAAUAGAAAAAGGUUGCGGAGAUUUAGAUGGAGAAUUCUGGCUUGGCCUCGAAAAAAUUCAUAGGAUGACAACAAAUCGUAGACUUGAAUUAUAUAUUCACCUUGUUGACUUUGAUGAUGUAACUGCUUUUGCAAGAUAUGACCACUUUGUUGUCGGAGGCCCCAGGGAGAAUUACAAAUUGGUUAAUCUUGGUGAAUAUUCGGGAAAUGCUGGAGAUGCCUUGAGGAGUCAUAUAAACGAAGCAUAUACUCAGGAAAAUGUAUUUGGUUAUAAUCCCAAUUACAAAUGGUGGGGCCAUAGAAACUGUAAUUUGAAUGGAAAAUACUGCGGAUCUAAAGUUCUUUUGGAUAGCUGGGAUGGAAUUUGGUGGGGCCUUUGGAAUAUGGGGAAAAGAUAUUCUCUGAAAUCGUGUAAAAUGCUAAUCAGACCAAAACCGUAAGAACAAAAAAAAUAAAGGAAAAUAAAGUCAUAAGCAGAA